UUUACUCUGUGCUACAGUAGCUAAACCGUUACAGAAGUCUCGCGUUUCGAGCUGUUCGGGGUCUGGUUUGGAGUUUAGUAACAGCAUCACUCUGAUUUUAUACGGUUUUAUGGAGUGACAGAAGCAAACGGGAGGUUUUAGCGUUUCAUUUGAUCUCUCCCAGGGUCAAGCAGCAAUGUCCGCUCCAAACUCUGCAGAAAGGAAGGCCUGCUGGGAAGCCAGGGACCAGCUGUGGAAAUGUCUGGAUGACAACGAUGACAACGCUGCGUCCUGCCAGAACUUCCAGAACAAGUUUGAGGCAAAUUGCCCUGCUCAGUGGGUGAAAUAUUUCACCAAGAGGAGAGACUUCCUGAAAUAUAAAGAGAAGAUGCAGACAGAAGGAUUCACGCCUGCCGAAGGACCCCGGCAGCCUUCCUAAACACUGCACAGCGUCAAAAUCUGCAAACUGAUUGACUUUAGCCUUAUUCAGGCCAGGGCCAGAGAAGCAGGACUUUGGACUGAGUACCUGAACUUCACCUUUAUCGUUAUUUAUUUGUACAGAAAAAAGCAGCAUCAAGACACCAUGCGUAUUAGCAGCUCCAAGUGAUAGAAUGAGUGACCGGUUUGAAAAUUGUUUUCAGCUUCCCUUCUCAGAAAUUCAUGGCAUCAACUCAUGUCAACCAUCCCAGCUGGUCUGAGAUGUCUGAUCCACAUUCUGAUGUUUGUGAAUCCAGUUUUCUCAGUCAGUGGAAUUUCACCUGUAUAAUACAUGUAAUUUUGUCACAGUGGACAAACUUUACUAUUGUUACUUGUGAAAUAUAUAAGGUUGGUAAUACUGAUCACGGUAGCCCUGUACAUGCGCGCACACACACUGGGUCUGUGUUAACACUCAAACUAACACUGUCCAAGAGGAAUUUUCUGUCAUUGUGUUUAAUUAAAGUAUAACCCCCUCUCCAUUUAACAGGCACUGCAUUGUGAACACAGAGUGGCGUACUACCUCUACAUGUAGUUUGGGUUGAAUUACAUUUGUGUAUUCACACCAGU